AUGGCUUGGAAUUGCGACAAGUGCAAAGAUACUUUGAAGUUCGUUGCAGAAUUCGAGGAUACUAUUGUUGGCAAUAAGCAACUGGCUUACUGGAGUGGUAUUGGCUGUGAAUCAGCUCUGGCCUUUGCAGAGAGAGGGGUUCGUGUAGCUGUGUUUGCUGACUUGAAUCUGGACGCUGCGUUAACCGCGUCUGAGCGAAGCAAAGACAUUGCAACAGCAAAAGAUUGCGAGACAGUUGCUCUUCAUGUUCCUCAGAGGGUAGCGGCCGACAUAUUGACUGUGAACGAGCCGGACUAUAAUUAUUUACAAGAGAUCAAUUUGAAAGGUAUCUUACAUUGCUUACAGAAAGAUAUCAGCGCCAUGAAAGACCAAGAGGCACAGUUUGCGGAAGGACGCUCUGGGCGACGCGAAGUUGGACCAGGGGCCAUCAUCAAUAUCACCUCCCUAUCCGCCCUCUCUGGCACGGUACAGUCAACGACCUAUGUAGCAAGCAAGUUUGCUGCACGGGGGAUUAUCAAAUGUGACGCUCUUGAAAACUGCGCAAGUGGCCUUCGAAUAAACGAAGUAUGUUUGGGUUUUACCAAUACGCCUAUGUUACAACGAGGGAUCCAGAAGCAGCCUGGGGGUGGCGAGAUUCUUAAUAAGUCCAUGCUUUUGGGAUGUGUUGCCAUGCCCGAAGAGAUUGCCAGUGUUGUACAUUUCUUGGCAAGCCCAAGUGCGAGCUUCAUAACCUGCCGGUCGAUUGCUGUCGACGCUGGAGUGUCAGUCAACGUUCUCACUCGAACUUUCUUUUUCAGCGAUUGGACCGAAACUGAGAGCUGUUUGGUACAAAUCUGGAUCGAAAUAUGA